GUCUUACCGUCCUCGAUCACCUACUGCCCUUGAACUUCAGUCGAAAUAGAUUCGUCAUCAUGGUUGACAUUGUGCCUGUCUCCUCCUAUCCUUCACACAUCUCACUCCUGCCGUCGAUACAACAAUGUAACCUAACCAACCUACCCGAGAACUACUUCCUGAAAUACUACCUCUACCACGCACUGACAUGGCCUCAACUAUCUUUCGUCGCAAUUGUCCGCGGUCCAGGCGGUAAACCAGCGGCAUAUCCAAAAGUGGUGGGCUAUGUACUGGCCAAGAUGGAGGAGGACCCGCCCGACGGUGUACAACACGGACACAUUACGAGCUUGUCGGUCAUGCGCACACACCGCAGGUUAGGAAUCGCAGAGAAAUUGAUGAGAAUGAGCCAACGAGCUAUGGCCGAGGUGUUCAAUGCGAAUUAUGUCAGUCUGCAUGUGAGAAUGUCAAAUUCAGCCGCGCUGCAUUUAUACCGGGACACGUUGGGGUAUAAGGUUGAUAAGAUCGAAAGCAAAUACUAUGCCGAUGGCGAGGAUGCAUAUGCUAUGCGGAUGGACCUGAGGAGUAUGCAGAUCAAGGACAUGCCAGAGGAAGAUAAAGACGAAGGGGACGGCGUUGGUUCGUUAGGAAAGAAAGACGAGGACGGCGAAGCUGUCAAUGGUGAAGGCGAGAAGAAGGAUAAAAUGGUCAAAGUCAAGGUCGGUCGUGGACUGGGCGUGGGAGAUCUGGUCGAGAGGAACGAAGGAUCGACGACCGCUCAAUAUUGAUCUGGACAUUGUCCAGGACAUACGCUGUAAUGGCUAUGUUUUGAGCCACUGGGAUCAUCCGCUUGACAACAGAGGGCGACUUUGAAUAGCUCAAACUAUGGCAACUAGCAACGUCUGCACGGCGGUAUUGCGGCUUCUUCGACUGCUACAGACGAUCUGCUAUGCACUGGGCUGAGGGUGCAGCACAAAAGCUCGAGCAAGCCGACGGCCGCGACCAGUCAGGUCGUUCCUAGCUACCUAUUUAGUCCCGGCACCCAAAAAAGACAAGAGAAAGUUCGCAUGGACCAAAGAAUUACAUCCGAAUCGGAAGCCGCUACAAGACCAUGCUAAGACAUCAUCAAUACCUCAAGGGCGGUUGAUCUGGUCCCUUCCAUUCCUCUUGAGGCUGAUCUAAUUCUUCUUCGUAGCAGCUUGAUAAGAAGGCAAUUUC